CGGUUUGAUCCUCCUUCUCGUCCGGCUCAAGCUUUGAUCUCGCUUGCUCAUCCAAGCGUCCUUGACUUCGUUCGAGAAAAUUUUUUGCAUACCCCUACCCCUCACCCUCCUCUCAUCUCGGUAUUGGCUUUCAAUGAUUGGGCUGAUCUCAUUUGGGCUUUGACUCACGACAAGGAAUCCUUUCCCCACAUGUCGCGGUGCUAUGUCCUUGGUGCUCACCAGAUGCGUCAGGAGGACCUCUUGAUUGAGUCGUCCAUUAGGGACGAGAUCCUAAUGAAGGAGAAGGUGCUUAUUGAAUUGUGGAAUGUUGUCUCCGAGUUCCAUGCUGAUCUCGCCCAGCCCCUCCCACCCGAUCCUUGUGGUUCUGAGCCUGGUUCUGAUGAGGAUGAUGGCCUCCCCCUUACAGAGGAGGAGAAAGUCUUUCACGCGAAGUUUAUAGCGGAGUCAAAUGCGCAAUUGGUUGUGGGACUUGCCAGGAAGAAGACCACUGAUGUCAACAAGUUUGUCCGUAACGAUUUCCUCCCCAUUGCGCUAGCUAGAUGGAUAGAAUCCGAAGCUAGGGCUAAGGGUGACAAAAUYUGSGAGUUCGAUACCUUUGAUCAUUUGGCGCCCAUUAGUGUCAAUGCUUACAAAUUGUUUGCAUCCCUCACUGCUGAGGAAGUGGAUCUCUGCUGCAAUCGGRCUCUCGAUGAGAACACRAAGCUGAUUAAAGGUCUCUACCCUCGAACGGCGGAGGCCAUGAAGCUUCCCAUCGUUGGUCACUUUGAUCCACUCAAGURUUCUGUYUCCCCGACURCCCUUGCUAUCAGGGGUUUUUACCCCCCCAAGGGUCAGACUGCGCUUGCUGAACUCAAGAGAGUUUGGAACGUCGGUAGACCGUAUUUGAAGUGCAGAUGUCAGGAAUUGGGAAAAGGUGAGUGUAAGUCCAAUAUUACGUCGUUCGACCACGUGUUCUGGUACAUGCUGGCCAAUCCGGAUUAUUUGUUUCYAGCSGCCCCGACUCUUCAUGCAAAGAUGAGGGCRAUGARGACUUUYUUSAAAAUGACCUGGCGCGCGCCCAUCCUCGCUAGUGUCGUGUUCUCCCACAUGAGGGGCAUAAUGCUGAAGAUGGCGCAAGCAGUGGUUGUCAAUCCUGCAACGAGACAGGAGAAGAUUCUGGGUGACGAGGCGCUGAUGAUGAGGAAAUUUCCUCGGAAGAUGGCCUCAUUGAUCCUCCCGGACCGCUAUAUUAAGAGUCCAUCGAAACGCCGACUUCCUCCUGCCAAGGAUGCUCGUCCUGCCAAGCGGCAGUGCAACACCACUCUGUCCUACUAUGUUAGGCCACAGCGUGAGGAGGCGUUGGGUGAGGAACGACAGUUGUCUGAUGAUCAGGCUCCCAUCACUUCAACCCCUCCCUGCUCGACCGUUUCUUUUCAGGGGGACAACUUGAAUUCGACCAACAACAAACAGCAGCCCAGGGGUGGCAGCAGCGGUGCAUCCUCUAGAAUUCUGUUUCGCUCUUAGAGCAUACGAGGUUAAACCACAUCCCCCCUCGCCCCCGCACGCCUACGAAAGCAACCCAAGCUUUCCUUAGGUCAUGGGAAUGCCUCGUGGAACACAUGCUGAGUAGAGUCUUCAUUCCGCAUGCACCAGUAAAAUUGGCUAUUGACU